UUUUUGUUAUUUGAUAACCGAUUUGAUAUUUGUAUUGAAUUUUAUUUUGUUUUUUAUCAUCAAUUUUGUUGUAUAAUUCGUUUCAAUUGAAUUAUUAACAAAACUUUUGAUGUCUUUGUUUGUAUUGUCGUCGUCGUCAUCGUCGGUAUUGUUGUUAUUGUUAUCAAUCGCUUGUAUGAUAUGCUCGACGACAUCAUCAUCAGCGGAAACUCAUGGCUACGGACAUCAAUUGCCGCCAUUGACACCUGAAUGCAAAAAAUUGGAAGAAAAAGUCAGCAAUUGUUUUACAAAGAGAUGGCAUACGAAUGAGRGACCAUCGGAACCGGGAGAUAAUGAUCUUAACGCCUGUUGUUCACUAAAAGAGAUCUACUGUGCAAUUAAACCAAUGAUUAACAAAUGUGUUAAUGGAUCAGCUGAUGAAGAGUUUGACAAAGAAAUGAAAAAGUGUACCGACAAWGGAUUAWCASYCAAUGCUGACAAUUGUCUGUCACUGAAACCAAGUGGUGGUGUCUGUGACGAGUAUUUGCAUUGUUUUMUGGUCACUACAACAUCCGCCGCCACCGCCGUACCAAUCGGCAGACUAUCACUAUUGAUGGCCGUCAUUGUUGUCACCAUUGAUGCGGCCAUUGGAUCAACAGUUGUUUAG